GUGCGGGCGUGUGUGUGAGUGUGUGGAGAGGGGGAGAGCGCUCGGCCUGGUUCCCGCGUUGAGCCCUCGUUGCCGCCGCUUCCAUCUCUGCCGCCAUGUCGGACUAUAGCGCCGGCGGUCCACCGCCGCCUUCCGCUGGGCCGCCGGGCGCGGGAGGAGGAGUUGGGGCUGCUGGGCCUCCAAAUCAGGGAAGCGGAGGUGGAGCUGGCGGGGCCGGACAGGCCGGCGGAGCAGCGGGUCCCGGACCUGGCGGGAUCCGUAAAGAUGCCUUCGCCGACGCGGUUCAGCGCGCCCGGCAGAUAGCAGCUAAAAUUGGGGGAGACUCAGCUACAACAGUGAAUAACACUACUCCAGACUUUGGAUUUGGUGGUCAAAAGAGACAGCUAGAGGAUGGAGACCAGCCAGAGAGCAAGAAAAUGGCUCCUCAGCCAGAACCCAUGCCACCUCCCCCUCAACUUGGACCGAUCCAUCCUGCCCCCAGGUCUACAGUGACUGAAGAGUACAGAGUACCUGAUGGCAUGGUGGGACUCAUCAUAGGAAGAGGUGGGGAGCAGAUCAACAAAAUACAGCAGGACUCUGGAUGCAAAGUACAAAUCUCACCAGACAGUGGAGGGCUGCCAGAACGGAGUGUGUCUCUCACAGGAUCACCAGAAUCUGUGCAAAAGGCAAAAAUGAUGCUUGAUGACAUCGUGUCUCGAGGACGUGGUGGGCCACCGGGUCAGUUCCACGAUAAUGCCAACGGGCAGAACGGCACAGUACAGGAAAUCAUGAUCCCAGCUGGGAAAGCAGGGCUAGUGAUUGGCAAGGGAGGGGAGACCAUUAAGCAGUUGCAGGAGCGCGCUGGAGUGAAAAUGAUUUUAAUUCAAGAUGGUUCACAAAAUACGAAUGUAGAUAAACCUCUUCGAAUAAUUGGUGACCCUUACAAAGUACAGCAAGCUUGUGAAAUGGUAAUGGACAUUUUAAGAGAACGGGACCAGGGAGGAUUUGGUGACCGAAAUGAGUACGGUUCCAGGAUUGGCGGAGGAAUUGAUGUUCCUGUGCCCAGGCACUCUGUUGGUGUAGUCAUUGGACGUAGCGGCGAGAUGAUUAAGAAAAUACAAAACGAUGCUGGGGUUCGGAUACAGUUCAAGCAAGAUGACGGGACGGGUCCUGAGAAAAUUGCCCAUAUCAUGGGUCCCCCUGACAGAUGUGAACAUGCUGCCAGGAUUAUCAAUGACCUUCUCCAGAGUCUCCGGAGUGGCCCACCAGGUCCACCCGGCUCGGGCAUGCCUCCGGGAGGCAGAGGUAGAGGCAGAGGGCAGGGUAAUUGGGGGCCUCCUGGAGGAGAGAUGACCUUCUCGAUCCCCACUCACAAAUGUGGGCUGGUUAUUGGAAGAGGUGGGGAAAACGUAAAGGCCAUAAAUCAGCAGACAGGGGCCUUUGUAGAAAUAUCUCGGCAGCUACCGCCCAAUGGAGACCCCAACUUCAAACUCUUCAUCAUUCGUGGCUCACCACAGCAGAUCGAUCAUGCCAAGCAGCUCAUUGAGGAGAAGAUUGAGGGUCCUCUCUGCCCAAUUGGACCAGGACCUGGGCCUGGCGGGCCUCCUGGACCGGCACCAAUGGGUCCCUUCAACCCAGGGCCUUUCAAUCAAGGCCCUCCCAGUGCACCCCCUCAUCCCGGGGGGCCACCACCUCCACAGUACCCACCCCAAGGCUGGGGCAAUGCCUACCCACAGUGGCAGCCUCCUGCUCCUCAUGACCCAAGCAAAGCUGCUGCUGCUGCAGACCCCAAUGCAGCCUGGGCAGCAUAUUACUCGCACUACUACCAGCAGCCCCCUGGCCCAGUUCCAGGAGCACCACCUGCCCCCACAGCGCCACCGGUGCAAGGAGAGCCACCUCAGCCACCCCCCACAGGACAGUCAGAUUACACGAAAGCGUGGGAGGAGUAUUACAAGAAGCUAGGCCAGCAGCCCCAGCAGCCUGGAGCUCCACCACAGCAGGACUACACAAAAGCCUGGGAAGAGUAUUAUAAGAAGCAAGCAGCUCAAGUAGCUACUGGGGCAGGGCCAGCAGCACCACCAGGACCUCAGCCAGACUACAGUGCAGCCUGGGCAGAAUACUACAGACAACAAGCUGCCUACUAUGGACAGACGCCUGGCGCCGGUGGUCCAGUGCCACCACCAACACAGCAGGGACAGCAGUGAAUGGUGAUUCUCCAGAAGGAGAGAAGCCGUUGUGUCAGGGGCUGGCAGAAGGAGUAAGUUCUACAAAAUACAUUGAUCUUUUUCGGAGCAUUCAUCCAUCUCCCUUGUGGAGAUUGGGCAGUUUCAUAGAGAUGAGCAGAGCACUGGUUUGUCUUCAGUUUCCUGGCUGACAAAGUUGAAAUGUAUCUGCAACCAUAAGAGCCUGCUGAGAUUUAAGGUUUGGAAUAGAAAAAUGUUAUGAGAUGUUAAUGGUCCAGAAACUUAUACUGGCUUGCACAUUAAGCAGCUACUGUCAUCUUUUCCGUAUGCUGUAUUUUUAUUUUAUCUACUGAUUCUAUGCUGCUGUAUCAAACAAAAUUCAAUAAAAUUCAAGCUUGGAGGGGAGAGUGGAAAUAGAUUUCAGCAUACCAGACUCUGUCCCUGUGAUGAUGGUAAUACAGCCUUGCGAUUGCUUUUACUCUUCUUGUUUCAGUAACAGGUUCCCAUCAUGUUUUUCCCCCCCUUUCAACAGGCUCAGUGAGUUGAAUGUGAACCUCCCCAUCUCUGAGAACCUUUUUGUUUUGGAAAGAGAGGUGGCUGCUGCAGGAAGUGACGGGGUGGGAAGGGAGCUGGCCUGUUGCUCUGAUUGCUGGGUUUCUUCUGGGAAUCUCAGCCACGCCGCCUUCAAGUCUCUCUUUAAAAAAAUAAGUAAAUCCAGAUCUCCAAACCCCUAAUGUUGAGCCAGCAGCUGUAGAAGAUAGCCGACUAAAACCGCCGCCGCCGCCAGACCCCAUCCUGCCUGACACACACCUCAGUUUUCAGGGUAACACUUCCUCUUUUCUUUCUGUUUUGUUUCAAAAAUUUUACAAGGAAAAGUCACUCUGCUUUUUAGUUAGAGUUGGAACAUUCCUCGGACAAAGGUGUUGGUGUUUCAGACAACCCCUUCCCUGCCCUUCCAUUUCUCCACUGCUGGGACUGAUCUGUCGUGUUUUUGUCUGUUCAAGAGGAAAUUGAAACAAACAAACAAUUGUAUGCUCAAUUUUUACUUUUUACCGCUCGUUUUUAACUUCACAAAUAAAUGAUAACAAAACAUC